GCAGCACCGACCCCACCGAAUGAACUCCGUGUUUCAUCUCACGAUCUGUUUCGUAAGAGGUAAGAAAACACAUUAUUCUUCCCUCAAUUUCGUAAAACCUGACGCAAAAUGACAGUUCAAUAUAACAACUCGUCGCGAAAUAAAAAUAUCUCACUUUCUAAAUCAACACCAUAUUAUAUCAUUUCAUAUCCUUUAGCAAACGAUCCGCCGGACCGGACUGUGAGAUAGUGGAUCCUUGCACUGCCAAGCACCAACUAAACCACUGCAAGCCACCAAAAAUCAUCACGGUUCACAACAUCCAAUCACUAACUCACUCAUACGUACACCCCAAGAACACCAAAAAGCAAAACACAAUCUCAAAAUGCCCAUCUUCACCAACCCCCAAACUUUUCCCUCCUUCGACGAGCUACCCCCCUCCACCUCAUCCUUAACCACCCCGCAGACACCAUGGUUCCUUCUAGCCCAAAUCAAAGAAAACAUGACAAUCACCAAACCCACGCUCGUCGUCCGCGAUCGGUCAAACAUCGAUUUCGCCGUCACGUUUGACGACGGGGACCACCAUGGCCUAGUCAUCGGCGGCGGGAAUGGAGAGAAAGCGCGUUUUCGAAAGGGCCACACGCUAGUGGUGCCGUGCGCGACGCGGACGGACCGCGGGGAGGGGAAGAAGGCGCUGGUGCGGGUGCCGGAGGGACAGGGUAGGGAUGUUAGGGUGCUGCCGACGAGCCUGGAUAAGGUCUUUGGGCUGGGGGCGUUGGUAAACGGUGAGAAGGAUGGGGAGGAGAAGAAGAGGGGGUGUGCGGCGUGUGGGAAGGAUGAGGGGGGCGAAGGGAAGCUGAUGCGGUGUACGGGCUGUGGCGUUGUUGCGUAUUGUGGUACGGAGUGCCAGGUGCGUGGGUGGAAUGAGUUGGGGCAUAAGGCGGAUUGUAAGGCGCUGAAGGGGAUUAGGGAGAUAUGGCCUUGAUAGGGGUUGGUGUUGGUGGUGUGUUACACGCUCGGAGUUUAGUGGUCUGAAAAGGAAAUUCAAGGUACUGAGUAAUAUAGCUACGGACUAAAAUCGAGGAUAUGAAGAUUUACUUA